CCGACUGCGUUUAAAGUGGACUGACGCGACAGCUAGCAUGACGGCUAUCAGGGAAAAAGCUGGUCAAUUAGCACUUGAAUCUUCAUUUUCGAGCACUGGUUGAGUGUUUGAGUGAAAUUGUAACAGCGGGGUUAUUUUUCUAGAUGACGUGGACCACACUCUCUGCCUUCGGCUACUCCGACCGCUGAGGUGUGAAUCUGGAAUGCCCGAGGGGAUGGAUCCUCUGGGUGCUCGCUCCCAGUUUGUGAACAUCCAGACCCUUCCCACGUGGCAGCAGCUGGAAGAGGAUGGCGAGCGCAUUCCCCAGGAUCUGAGCGACAGCCUGCUCAGCCAGCAGUCCUUUCCGUCACCGUUCCCGUUCAGGCCAGACAUCAACUCCAAAGUCAUACUCUUCAGAAGACAUCAAAAACCGACAUCGAUGUGGAAAGGAUAUCACCACAUGGGCUCAGGCACACUUCAGAAAACCAAUGUCAGUAAAUACAGUUCGGCGCUACAUCCCACUGGCGACGUGGCCCUGCUGAACUGCACCGCGAUCACCAACACCAGUAACGAACUGCUCAAUGAUAAGAAUCCUGUUUCGGAGCGCAUCCAUCAGCUGGCGGGGCCUGAGCUGAAAGAUGAGCUGCUCAAACUUAAAGGAUGUCGCACAGGAGAGGCGAAGCAUACUAAAGGCUUCAACCUGGCAGCGAGAUUCAUCAUCCACACAGUGGGACCAAAGUACAAAGCCAAGUACAGAACAGCGGCAGAGAGCUCGCUGUACAGCUGCUACAGGAAUAUCCUGCAGCUGGCCACGGAACAGUCGAUGGCAUCUGUUGGCCUCAGCGUGGUGAGCACCGCCAAACGAGGAUACCCACUGGAAGACGCCACACACAUUGCCUUCAGAACAGUCCGCAGGUUUCUGGAGAAGCAUGGAAGCAGGAUAGAGGCGGUGGUGUUCGCUGUGUCUGACACAGAGGAGGCGGUGUACAGGAAAUUGCUGCCACUCUACUACCCUCGCUCGGAGGAGGAGGAGAGGUUGUGCCUGCCCCUUGUGCCGGCCGAUAUCGGCAACUCAGAGGGCGAGCCUGUCGUCCCGGAGAGGCAGAUCCGCAUCACAGAGAAACCGGGAAGCUUGGAAGAUGAUUCUGAGGAGGACAAUCUGGAGUCAGAUCUGGGCCAGGUGGGCCAUCAUGCCUUUGCCCGCAUGGAGGGUGACGUGGACAAGCAACGCAAGCUGAUCCUGCAGGGUCACUUGUCAGAGGCAGCCAUGCAAAAGCAACACCAGAGGAACUACAACCGCUGGCUGUGUCGAGCCAGAGGGGAGGACCUGUCCGACAUCGCCGCACUGAAAGCAUUAUAUCAGACAGGUGUGGACAUGUGUGGCAGGACGGUGAUGGUUGUGGUGGGGAGAAACAUUCCAGUGACUCUCAUCGACCUUGAAAAGGUUUUGCUGUAUUUCAUCCACGUGAUGGACCACAUAGCUGUAAAGGAGUAUGUGAUGGUUUACUUUCACACACUGACGGGCGAACACAACCACCUGGACUCGGAAUUCCUCAAAAACCUCCAUGACAUUGUCGAUGCCAAGUUUAAGAAGAAUUUAAAGGCCUUCUACUUUGUCCAUCCAACAUUUCGCUCCAAGGUUUCCACUUGGUUCUUCACCACCUUCAACGUGUCAGGCAUGAAGGACAAGGUGCGUUACCUUGACAACCUGCAGCAGCUCUUCACCUGCAUCAGGCCCGAGCAAAUUGACAUACCACCUUUUGUGCUGGAGUACGAUGCACGGGUAAACAGACGCUCCCAGUCUUCCGGUCUGUAACGACUGACCAAUCAUAGUCUCGAUCAAGCUGGAAGCCAUUUACAAACCUUUCAUGGUCGACAGCUGCCUCCAUCCUCCUGAGGGACUAAUCUACUUCGUGGAGAGACUUUAUAUAUGUUUUACUGUCCGCUUGUUGGUAGUUCUUGUGUGGCUUCUGCAUUCAGGAAACAUCCGGUGGUCCAAUAUCCCAUAUGUCUUGUUACCAGCGUGAUAUGGUGGUGGUCUUCGUGCUACGUGACAUUCAGAAAAUGUCAUACCAAGUUUAAGUUGGAACCAACAACAAGUCCACCGGACUCCGAGACGUUAAAAGCCGAUAUCAGGAAUCUCCACAAGGUAGAAUGUUUCCAUUUUAACAUCUACUACCAAAAGCUUUACAUUGAUGCCAUUUGAUAUACUUCUGUUUGAAUCAACAUUGUUCUCACUUGAAAAUGUAUUUUCGAGCACGUUCAUUUUAAUUUCAAUCUCAAUCACGAAAAAUCUCCAAUUGUCACCAAACUUUCACUUUAUUCGGCCACGUGUUUUGUCAGGUGACCUAUAAUGAAAUCUGAUGUUUUUCUUCAACAAUUGUAAGGUUAGCUAUUGUCCUGCGAAUGAGUCAAAUUAUAACACUUCCAGCUUCAACAUUGUUCUGCCAGAUGAGAAAUGUAAAGUUCGAUAACAUCUAGCAAAUUGAUCGUGAACAGAAAAGUUACAUUUCUACAUUUUUAACCUAAAAAUUAUUGCCCCAGGUGCAAAAUGUAAAGUUAUCAAAUUGUUAGUAAACAUAAAAGUCACACUUGAAAGCGUUACUACUACUUCCAGCUUCAACAUUAUUUCGGCAGACAAGAGUGGGGUCGAGUGGUGCCUUCUGCGUCGAGGCACCGUAUUCUUACGACAGAUUUAUGGCAGUUGUCUCUUUAUAAAAAUAAAAAAAAAUAAAAAAAAAAAGUCAGAAUUCUUGUCAUCGCUAAUACAUUAGCUAGUGGCUUCUAUGCUGCCUGACUAUCUGGACCGCUUCCGGUCCCUCUUCCGAUUCCAUCAACAUGGCGUCACUUUGCUUCCCACACAUGAAAGGAAGUUUCCAUUGACAAUUACAUUUUUAUUUACUCACUUAGUGUUUUGCACAAGCUCUUUCUUUCAGAGUUGGCAACGGCGAGGGGUGUUUUUUUUUUUUUCAUCGCAAAUCAAAAAUACAGAAGUACACUUGAACACAUUCCUCCAAUUGUUUUAUAGUCUGUCUAUGUGACGACAAAGGCGCUAACACAUUUGCAAAUAAGAGGUCACAUGACCUUCACUCUGCUUUCAGCUUGACACUUGGGACCGAAGUCAACAAUAUGUUAUUUCUCUGGACGUUUAACAAAAAAGGUGCAAGAGAGUUUAGUUUUCCUCAAAAAUGUGAAACUGUGUUUUUUUUUUAGUGCAAAACUGAUUAUGAGCCAAAUAGCCUACUUGGAAAUGUAUCUUUUUAAAAUGUAUAUUUCAUUUUACUUCAGCUGUUAAUUAUGUUAACUUUUUUACACUGAUUAAAAUUGUCUCCUGUUAAGCGUUUUCGUUUUCUUUUCUUGUGUGAUGUUGGAAGGCUGUCUUGACCAGCUGAAAUUUCCAAAUACAAAAAACGUGGAUGUUAAUGGGUAUUUUUGAGGUGGACAAUUGAGGCAGUGUAGAAGGCACAUUUGCCGGUUCGAUUUGUUUCCUCCUCCCCAUUCUGUGACGGUGCUGUUUUUAUACAGAAGUGACACAGGCAAAAGGUAGAGCCAACUUUUACAGGCAGUGUGAAAGGGUCUCGUGUGUGUUGCACGUCUCCAACAACAUAAAAUGAGAUCCUUCUCUUGCAGCUUUUCAAAUAGUUGAAUGAAAAUGUGUGCAUGCUGUCCAAGUU